CUCGCCUGCAGAGUCAAGCAAACACCUUUGACCACCUCUGUAGGUACACCUGUGUGACUCCAGUAUAAAAAUGCUGCUUUUACAAUGCUCACUUUUUAUUACUGUAGUUGUACAGCUGUACUGCAUCAUACUGGGAGCUGUUUCUGAUACUCUGAGCCUCUUGCAAAGGCAAAAUAAGUUAGUCAGGCUUGUUCGUAGCACGUUUCUUACACAAACAUGUUAAAAAUGUCAUGUUUGUUGCAACAGUGUCCUCUGGUGGUUAUGUGGCAGACACUAAGGGGCAUGCCUCUCACCCAGCGUGGGCUUUGUGGAUAUUGUUCCCAUCUCGAGAACAGCUACGUCGCGUUCAUCUGCCACUGUGGUGACCCCGGCGUGAUCCAAAGUAGCAGUUGGAAGGAACACUGGUUUGCACAGCAUCCCUCGGAGAGGAAGUGCCACCCCCAUACUGUAGUUCUUCUCUCCACCAGAGAGAACACCAACAAACCAACUAAACCUUCACAUUUAAAUGUAAGAUAGCAAAUCAAGUCUGACUUGAAAUGGUUGUGAUUGUACUUGUUAGUUAAUUUUGAAAGCUUUUCCUCACCUAAGUCGUGGAUGUGAAGCCUGGAGAGCGCGUGACAGAAGGCGCGGCCUAGUUUCUUCUUCAGGUGGCCUUUAGGGGUCUGGUCUUGGUCUUCCUCCAGUGUCAGCAGGUGGCCCACAUUGAACAAGAUCUCCUCCUGCAGAGAGCGGACGCACUCCUCAAAGUGCUCCUUAUCCUUCUCUGCGUCUCUAGAAGACCGAGCUUCAGGUUUAGAGACUUGCUUUUUAUCCCGGUCUGGGAUCUUCUCACCUGAAGUCAACCCACAACAGGCCGGCUGUGAUGAGGCCCAGCCACUCGCUGGCCACCCAGUCCUGGGUCAGCAUGACGGGGACCACGGCCACCCCCCUGCUGUCGGCGUAGUUCAGCUCCUUCUUGCAGCUGCGAGACGCCUGGUAGGCCGGAGUCAUGAAGGGACAGAUGACGGCCGCCUCCUCCACAGCCGCCGCCAUCCUGAAGUAGAAACACUAUCAUGGAAGGACGACACAAGCCUGGACUACUAGUGCACUGUGACGUCUGGCAGUGUAAUCGCCCUCCUCCCGGCCUAAUUACCAGUGGCGCGAUUACACACACACACACACAGAUGGAGUGUGUCAGUGGGGUGCAUCCAUAGUGCUGUGACAUGUUUGCCGAACCUGUGCUACAAACGCCAAAAAAGCAGCUGAAAAUGCGCCAUGGAGAAGAAGAACAGUACACGGAGGACAGGUGCGGCUGAAGAGGACAGCUUACCUAAGAGCAUGUAGCGUGACUUAUCUCUUUGCCUCUAAAGCAUCCAAAAACCAAAAAAAAAAGGUGAGGAAUGUACCGGCAAAGCUUGCCCAUGCUGCUGGUGCUGGCGCUGCUUUGCACCCACUCCCUCGCCCACCUGUUCAACCUGACACUUUCUGUCAAAGAAGGCCUACCCGCUAAAACCAUUGUCGGGGACCUGGCGGCAGGUCUAAGCAGAGCCAGCACCGGCUUCUUCAUCUCGGAAAGCCAGGACUCGUACGUCUUCCGAGACUUGGAAAUCGACGCAGACACGGGGAUCAUCUCCACGGCAGUGGUCCUGGACCGCGAGACCAGAGGGAGGUACGACUUUGUGGCGGCCACCCUUACAGGGGAAAUGAUCAGAGUGAGGCUCGAGGUGGACGACGUCAACGAUUAUUCUCCGGUGUUCCCCUCAGAGGAGGUGGACUUGGAAGUGUCGGAGCUCAGUCCACCUGGGACCCGCUUUCACCUCGAAGGAGCUCGGGACCAGGAUGAAGGUGACUUUGGUACUCAAGGGUACAGAAUCCGAGAGGCUGAGAUGGGGGAUACCUUCCAACUGGAGCAGCGAGGUGGUGCUACAGCAAACCACGUCAGUCUGGAUUUGGUCCUCAUGAGCAAAGUCGACAGAGAAGCUCAGGACUUGUACUCGCUGACCAUAGAGGCCUUCGAUGGUGGCAUUCCAGCACGGACCGGGACACUGCGGGUCAACAUCCGCAUCGUGGACGAGAACGACAACCCGCCUGUGUUCAACCAGACUGAGUAUCAUGCAUCUGUAUCAGAAAACACUCCUGCUGGAUCAUCUGUGUGCCGGGUCCAUGCCACGGACCUGGACCUGGGCGACAAUGCCAGAAUCACCUACGAGAUCAACCGGCGGCAGAGUGACCCCGACCAAUUUUUCUCUGUAAACCAAACAACCGGAGUGGUUCAUCUCAACAAAGCGCUGGAUUUUGAAGCGCUUGGUUUCCACGAGCUGAUCGUCACCGCCAGAGACAACGGCGCACAGCCGGAGUCCAGCAGCACGUUUGUGGUGGUGAAGGUGCUAAACGUCAACGACAACAGCCCCUCCAUCAGCGUCCUGUUCCUCAGCGAGACUGGUGAGGCUCUGGUGUCGGAGGAUGCUGGGAUAGGAGACUACGUUGCAAGGAUUUCCGUGUCAGACCCCGAUCUCCAGGGAGACAGGGUCUCUGUGGCACUCGAGGGCGGCAAUGGGAAGUUCACCUUGACGCAGACUGAUGACCUCCUGUUCGCUUUGUGUGUGAACGCAGAGUUGGACAGGGAAGACAGGGACCUUUACGAACUGAAGGUCCAUGCCUCCGAUCUAGGGAGCCCCCCUUUGAGCAGUGAGACGGUUCUUCUCAUAAAGGUGUCUGACACGAAUGACUGUCCUCCUGUCUUUGAGAAAGACACCCUCAUUGUCAGCAUCACAGAAGAUGCUCCUAAGGGGACUUCCCUCAUCCGGAUGCAGGCGCAAGACAAUGACCAAGGCGCCAACGCAGACAUCAACUACUCCAUCCUCAAGUCCAACCGGGACAGUCUGGUGAGCAUCGACGCCUGGUCCGGUCUGGUCACCACAGCAGGAGACCUGGACAGGGAGAUACAGGCGGAGGUGUGGUUUCUGGUGGUGGCGGCGGACAGGGGGGAACCGGCUCUGUCGUCCACCGCUACCGUCACCCUGCUGCUGGAGGACGUCAACGACAACGAGCCCGUGUUCCUGCAGCGACUCUACAACGUGAGCGUCCCCGAGCACAGUCCACCUGGAAGCUGCUUUUUACAAGUUGUGGCCGAAGACGCAGACAGUCCAGAGUUCGGCACGCUGGUCUACUCGCUGUCUGACCAGAACCAGCUCUUCCACAUCAACCCACACACUGGAGAUCUGUGUUUCUCCCAGGAGAUCGACAGAGACGCUGGACAGACGGUCCAUGACAUCCUGGUCACAGCCGAGGACCCGGGAGGCCUGAGCGCACAAACCUACGUGCACGUGGACAUGGAAGACCUGAACGACAAUGCUCCGGUGUUCAACCCUGAGGGCUACACCGGCAGCAUCAGCAGCCACGCUCAGCCUGGCACUGAAAUCCUCAAUGUCAUCGCCACAGACGCCGACUCUGGGAGCUUCGGUGGCGUCACCUACGGCAUCCUUCCUGGCGACCUGUCCGCCUUGUUUGCCAUCGACCCCCAAACGGGGAUUCUUUACCUGACGUCCACUCUGACCCACCUGGGGGGCGUGGCCAGCGUGAAGCUCACCAUCAACGCGCAGGACGGAGGGGGCGUGAGCUCGGCCCGGCCGGCAGAGGUGACCGUUAACAUUUUAGUGAGCGCUCAGGCUCCAGCCGUGUUCCAGAGGUCACGGUACACCUUCAGCGUGCCCGAGGACGCCACCCCGGGCACCAGCGUGGGGACUGUGCGGGCCACUACUUCCACGGACUCUGUCGAUUCAGUAUCCUACAGAAUCUCCUCUGGUGACCUUCCGGGUUGGUUUGCCGUCCAUGCCACAUCGGGCCAGAUCAUCAGCGUCAAACCUCUGGACCACGAGUCGCUGCCCUGUGCUCUGCUCUUCCUUCAGGCCUACACUGACUCCUCCCCCAUCUACAGCACCACCCAAGUCAACAUCACCAUAGCCGAUGUCAAUGACGUGGCCCCCGUCUUCCCAAAACUGAGGGACGCCAUCACAGUGUCCCAGAACACGCCCCCAGGAACUGUGCUGUUUAUUGCUCAUGCCCACGACUAUGACAGCGGCGCCAAUGGGAGGGUGUUUUACUAUCUAAGAGGUCGGAGCUACAAUGGUGCUUUUGUGCUUGAUCCUGACCUCGGAACCGUCACCUUGAACCAAAGUCUACAGGAGGAUCCUCGGCAAAGGUACGACCUGGAUAUUGUGGCUGAGGAUGAAGGAGAUCCUCCUCUGAGCGCCACGCUGACACUCACCGUUAACGUCGACCGCACCACUUCCUCAGAUAGCCUCGCCUUCGAGACUUUGGUUUACCAGGUAGAGAUAGGUGAGGGCUACCGCAAGGAUUCCAGGGUCAUCCAGGUGAGGGCGCACCCGAGCCGAGGAGCUUCCCAGUCGGCCAUCACUUACUCCUUGGAGGACGAGAAGGCAUUCCCUCCUGCUCCCUUUCGGAUCCAUCCCAAGACUGGUUGGUUGUAUCUCUCGGACAAUCUGGACUACGAGACGGAAUCUACAUAUCAUUUUGGAGUGUUAGCCACCGUGAAGGACACAAACGCUACAGCCACAGUGAUGGUUCUGGUUCUGGAUAUCAACGACAACACUCCAGAAUUCAGCAGUAAUGUGUACUAUUUCACGCUAUCAGAGGGACUGCCCCCCCAAGGCCUAGUGGGACAAGUCAAGGCCACGGAUAAGGACUCUGGCAAAAAUGCCCAGCUGUCCCACAUGCUGCUUUCGGAUGGCAAGUUUUUCCGCAUCAACGAUAAAACAGGUGAGAUCAUGAACUGGGUGGCAUUGGAUCGGGAGCAGCACAACCAGCACACCCUCAAAGUGAUGGUCACGGACCAGGGAAGUCCACGUCUCAACGCCACCGCCAUCGUCCACGUCCUGGUCACAGACAUUAAUGAUAACGCACCACAGUUUACGCACCUUCCUGCUAGCAAGGAGCGCAACGUUCAGGUAUCGGCUGGUAUACCGACAGGAUCGUUGGUGACAAACGUCUUUGCCAAAGACUCUGAUGCGGGAGAAAACGGAACUGUCACUUUCACGUUGGUUACCCUUGGCGCCCAAGGUCAGCGGUUGGGACAUUUCGAGAUUGACGGUAAAAGCGGAGACAUCAGGACGACGUCACUUUUCGAGCACAACGUGGGAGCCAGUUACACCCUGGAAGUGACCGCGCGUGACGGAGGAAGAUCGCCACUAGAGGACGCUGCACUCAUUCAUGUACAGGUCCAUGGAGACGAGGCCCAGUUUGGACAUUCUGAGUCACCAGUCGUGAGACGUCUUUCGGUGAGAGAGGACGCACCGCCGGCCACUGUCAUCGGCUCGGCCAGCGUCUGGGGUGAAGGGAAAUUCCACUAUUCCAUCACGGAGGGAGACGGGAGCGUCCACUUUGGGAUUGACGGCGAGUCCGGGGACAUCUACGUCUGCCAGCCUCUGGACUACGAGUCAGCCGUACAGUUCACGCUCACGGUUCUUGCAGAGGACGAGUGCGGGACGGGGAACGUGACGGUACAGGUGUUUGUGACGGUGGACGACGUCAAUGACCACGCCCCCUGGUUCCCGGAUGAGCUGGUGACUUUUGGUUUAAGAGAAGAUGCUGCUAUUGGUUCGCUAGCGUUUGCCUUUCAUGCGAGGGACGCCGAUGGGACAUACACUAACAGUGCCCUCCGCUACUCCUUAACCUUUCACCCAAGCCGCAGCGGGUUGUCUUCCAGCUUCCCCUUCCAAAUGAACCCUCGCACGGGGAGCUUAACCGUGGCAGCGCCGCUGGACCGCGAGACAAGUCCCGCCUAUGCCUUAACCGUGACCGCCAGUGACCAAUCCGAGAGGCGGGAUGAGCGAAGGUGCACGUCAGUGACCGCUUUGGUCUUCCUGCUGGACGUCAACGACGAGCGGCCUGUGUUUGUGUCAGCGGAGGCUGUCCAGGUGAUGGAGGACGCGGCAGCCGGGAGUUUCGUGCAUCAUUUUGUGGCCACGGAUGGAGACGAAGGGGACAACGGACUUGUCUCCUACGUCAUCUUGGCUGGGAACACAAAGGGCUUAUUCUCUCUGGAGGAGGACACUGGCCUCUUGCGGCUCUCGGCACCGUUGGACUUUGAGACGGAGCGUUUCCACCGACUGACGGUUGGCGCGGUAGACCGCGGCCGGCCUGCGCGCUCAUCCACCCAGACGCUGACGGUGGACGUGGUGGACGUCAACGACCGACCGCCGGUCUUCAGUCGGGACGUCUACGCUGCCAGCGUGUCCGAGAACAGGGAGCCUGGAGAAGCGGUGGUCAGGGUGUCUGCCACUGACGAGGAUUCAGAGGAUAACGCUGUGGUGUGGUACAGUCUGUUGCCUGGACCGGGCUACGAGUUCUUCAGCAUCAACCCGUACAGCGGACUCAUCAGCACCUCCUCUUUCCUGGACAGAGAGCAGCAGCAGCAGUUCACUCUCAGAGUCCAGGCUCGGGACAGCGGCGCCCGGCCUCUAUCGGGCACCGCCACGGUGCACUGCUCCGUGCUGGAUGACAACGACAAUCCCCCGGACUUCAUGCAGUCCUUCUUCCAGAUCAGCUUGCCGGAAAACCUGCCCCCCGGGGUGGUUCAUACUGCUCAGGCCUACGACCCGGACCGAGGAGAGAACGGCACCAUUCACUAUUCCAUACAAGGCGAGGACUACAGAGGUGUCUUCACUAUCGACAGCCACUCGGGCGUGGUCAGGACCAUGCAGGUCCUGGACCGUGAGGACAAGCAGAACUACACGCUAACCAUACACGCCCGUGACGGCGGCGCCAGCCCUCUUAGCUCCAUUAUGCAGCUCCAGCUGGUCCUUCUGGACCGCAACGACAACACCCCCACCUUCACCCGCAAGAGCUACCACGCGUCCCUCAGCGAGGGUCUCUCAGCCGGAGUCCAGGUCCUGAGCGUCACCGCCCUGGACCCCGACGAGGGGUCCAACGGGGAUGUCGCCUACUCGCUGACAGAGGACAGCAGCCAGGGCGCCUUCUCCGUUGACGUAUCCACAGGCAUGAUCCGGACCACAAGGGCACUGGACAGAGAGAGUCGGGCCCAGUUCAGCCUGAGGGUGGUGGCUACAGACGGCUGCACUCGAGGACCACUCAACUCCUUUGCGUCAGUCACCAUACAAGUAGAGGACGUCAACGACAACGUGCCCCUGUGUGAGAAUCCCAUCGACACUUUCAUCUCCACCAGGACACUUCCAAACCACAUCCUCACCACGGUGACAGCGACGGACGCGGACCGGGGUCCGAAUGGAACCGUCAGAUUCUCCCUCUCGCACGAUGGGAAUCUCUUCGACAUCAACAGCGAGUCAGGAGACAUUUCACUGAGACGGCGGGUGAGGGCGGGUUUGUCCGUCAAGAAGCUUCAGGUGCAGGUUUCAGACAGAGGACUUCCUGCUUUGACCUCCAGCUGCUUGGUGUUUGUCCACUUGAAAGGAGAACCUGAGGGUCUGCAGUUCGCGCACAAGGUGUACAACGCCACCAUCCAGGAGAACAGCAGGGCGGGCACGUGGAUCACAACAGUUGAUGCCAGCGACCCAACCAGCAGCGGACAAGGAACAUCGUACUCCAUAUUCAGCAGUGAUAACGUCUUUUCCAUCGACCGCCACACAGGUGAGAUCCGAGUGCAAAAGGACCACGCGCUGGACUUUGAGGUGAGCCCUCGCAUGGAGCUGUUGGUCCUGGCGGACAACGGGGUGCAGACGGCUCACUGCAAGGUGGUCGUCGGUCUACAGGACGCCAACGACAACGCCCCCCUGUUUGAACAGGGCGCCUACAGGAGCGCUGUGUGGGAGGGGCAAGUGCACAACACCUACAUCAUGCAGGUGUUCGCCUCCGAUGCCGACAGCGGGAUGAACGGACAGAUGGACUUUUCAAUCGUGUCUGGGAACCAUAACGACGCUUUCAUCUUGGACUCCGUUCGUGGGAUCCUGGCUACCAACACGCUGCUGGACCGUGAGAUCACGCCAUGCUACGAGCUGGUCGUGCAGGCCGCAGACAGAGGGAAUCCUCCGCUCAGCAGUACCACUACCAUCAGGGUCCGAGUGGUGGACAUCAAUGACAACAUCCCCGCCAUCCCCCCCAUGGAACCUGUGCUCAUGGCCGAGAAUCUUCCCGCGGGAUCCGUGGUCACCCAGGUGACGGCCAACGACGUGGACCUGAACCCCGCCAUCGUCUACAGCUUCUCCCACAACGCCAGCACCCACGGCCCCUUCGCUGUGGACCCGUACACCGGCAUGGUCACGCUGACUCAAGCUCUGGACUUUGAGGCGGAGAACACAGAGUACAACCUGACCGUCUGGGCGUUCGACUCCCUCCACCAGAGCUCCGGACAGGUCCGAGUUCAAGUGCUGGAUGUCAACGACCACGCACCUGUCUUUGCACAGGUGUCAUACCAGGUGGAGUUGUCUGAACUGGUUCCGCAGGACACGUUUGUCGUGAACGUGUCAGCCGCUGACAGAGACUCGGGACUCAACGGCAAGGUCACCUACAGGCUGCUCUCGUCUCCUUUAGAGGGCUUUUACAUCAACGCAGACAGCGGAUCCCUUUUCACCAGUAAGCCCAUGAAGUCCAACAGCAACCGCAUACAUCUUCUCGUUGAGGCCCGAGACGGAGGAGACCCAUUACGCUCCACCAUUACCUCCAUCGACGUGCUAAUAUUGGACACCAACGACCACGCCCCUUUAUUCCAUCAGGACGUCUACACCGUCAGCGUCUCUGAGGACACGCCCACUGGUGCCAUGCUUCUGACACUCUUUGCCUCCGACCAAGACUGGAGCCCUGAGAAUACGUACUUGGACUACGCCAUCAAGGAGGGAAAUGAGGGGAAGCAAUUUUGUCUUGAAGCCAAAGCGACCCAAGUGGAGAAUCAGAUGAAAAAUGUCUGCAAACUGGUUCUGUGCGGCCCGUUAGACCGCGAGACCACAGAGAGUUAUGUUCUCACAGUGAGCGUGUCCGACCGUGGAACGCCGGCGCUGAACAGCUCUGCUAUCGUCAGGGUGACCGUCACAGACUGCAAUGACAAUGCCCCGGCCUUUUCCAGCACGGAGUACCACGCACAAGUCAGUGAAAGCAGCCGUGUGGGCACCAGCCUUGUCCAGGUCCGUGCUCACGAUCUCGAUUUGGGAAUCAACGGUUUGCUGCGUUACGACAUCGUCUCGGGGGACAGCAGAGGACGCCUCAAGCUGGAUGCUCAGUCUGGCCUUUUGGUGGUCAACGCCACUCUGGACUAUGAGGAAGACUCUAGGUACAGCCUCACUAUCCGGGCGUCUGACGGCGGGGAAUCAUCCGAAGAUGGCAAAGUGGCUUUUACUGUGGUUUAUAUCACAGUGCUGGAUGAGAAUGACAACAGUCCCUACUUCUUGUUCUCCACUUUUAACUGCUCUGUGCUGGAAAACCUACCAGCGUUUACGCACAUAUGUUCAGUCCACGCUGUCGACAACGACCUUGGCCUCUACGGGCAACUUACUUACUCCAUCCUGUCCUCCUGCUUUGUUGACUUUGGAGACAGCAGCCUGGACAGGAAGGAGGCGUUUGCCAUCGAUCCCCACACAGGCGAAGUUCACACUAGGCAGACUUUUGAUUACGAACAGGAGAGCGAGCACUGCUUUGUGGUGGAAGCCAGGGACAAAGGCGACAAGGCGGCUACAGUCCGAGUGCAGAUCUCCAUCAAGGGCGUGGACGAGUUCAGUCCCGUUUUCACCCAGAAGCAGUACCAUUUCCCUCUGCCGAAAGACGCCAAGUCCAGGGAAACAGUUGGGUUUGUGACGGCGAUGGACCACGAUAGAGGAGUGGACGGGGUGGUGGAGUACACCCUCGUGAACCCACCGCCGUUCUUUUCCAUGAACAAAACAAUCGGUGCUAUCUACUUGUCAGGACCUGUACUCCGCAGGCGGGGUGGCCACGUGAGCGAGGACGAGCUGGAGCUGCUCGUGUUGGCCGCUAGUCCCCGACUGGGCUCCAGGACUACUUCCUGUCAGGUUUUUGUCAACAUCUCCAGCUCGGCCAAGGCGCUCGUCGGGGUGCCUCUUGAUGGACACAUGCUCAGUCUGAGUGUCUCACUGGCCAUAUUCCUGCUUUUCCUCAUCAUCUUUGUCAGCUUGGUCCUCAGAUCCAAAAUGAAAGAGGCCGCCCUCAGAAAGGCUGCUUCCGUUGCCUCAAACAUGAACCAUGGCUCGUUUGGACGAUCGGACUGUGCCAUCUCUCUGCAGGGGAUGAAACCCAGCAUCUUGGUGAGCAAGUGUGAUGCGGCAAAUCGCUACACCCCGUCAAACUCCAGUGGGCGUGGAUCAGCGGAAGGAGAGACAGCUGAAGACCAGGAGAUUAAGUGGAUCAACGAGUAUCCCUGCCGCAAAAGUGACGAACCCUUGCAGGAGAACUGGACCUCAGAGAACCCAGACUCAGCCUUACCUGGGGACACCAUGUCCUGCCACUCUGUUGGUGUAGGUCCAGAACACAUUUUAUCAGUGAGUUUAGUCUCGGGGUUGGCCAGCACAGAAAGCCUCCACCACUUUAAAGAGGAGGGAGGAGGUGAGGGACUACUUCCUGCAGCAAUAAGGGGGAGGGAUCUAGAGGGGAAAAGGGGGUAUGCUGUUCUUUCUGAGGCUCUAGCAUCUUCAGAUUCCCUGUCCUCACUUAUGCGUCUGGAUGAGCGUCUGGAAGGGGGCUACACUUGGAAUUACCUGCUGGACUGGGAGCCGUGCUUCCAGAACCUGGCGUCCGUCUUCACAGACAUUGGGAUGCUCCCGGACGAGGACCUCCAAGGCGGCCGUGAGGACUUGGCGACAUUAGCGGACAUUGGCAGCCUCAUGCACCCACCGCCGCUCAUAACUUCCGUGGCUCAGCCCGGCAUCAGGACCGUACCGCCACGCAAACCACAUCGCACGCAGAGCACAAGGAUCCGCCCCUCUUAUCCCAGAUACGCUUACUCGCCGUUAGCGAGGAACACGGGACUCACCCCAACGGCUAUGACUCCCACGUUCUCCCCUUCGCUGUCGUCACUCACAAUCAGGACUCCCACCGUGUCACCGGUGGUCUCAGACACCGGGGUGGGGGGUAUCAGACUGGACUCGGGGCCACUCACUGCAAGCCUGCUGGAGGCAGAAAUACAAGUAUAGCCAAAAAUAUAAUAGAGUGCAAAAGUUGCCAUUAGCUAGCAUCCAGUUGCCUCCAGCUCUACCGGGAGAACCCUGAGGUGUUCCCCGCCAAACUGUGAAACACAGUCCCUCCUGUGUGUCCUAGGUCUACACCGAGGUCUCCUUCCGCCUACCUCCUCUGUGACUCAGCACCUUAAGAUUCAGGAGGGGUAUGAAUGCCCGGUGAUCAUCAGAGCAAGUGUACCCGCCCAGCGACCCUGGAUACCGGGGCCUCGCCCUGGAGGGGCUCACAGGCAAGCACCUUUCGCUGAUGGGGCUGAGAUUGAAGAGUCAAAUGGGGCCAUCAUCCCACAGACCCACCACCCCUGGGGCCUGGGCGGCAGUGUCUAGUUUUAGUCAUAGUAUGUAGCCACUGUAGCAAAAACAACUAUUUUAGAGGCGGCUCAAGACGCUUUUGUUCUCCCGAUUGUUCUCCCGUUUUUGAUCCACAAGCAUGGAUAUUUUCCAUGCCAAGUUGUACUUUUAAUCAACAUUCCUUUGUGUUCUAUUCAACAUAUCUCCUUUCAUUCUUUGGCCUUGUGUUCAUGAAGCUGAUGUACGCUUCAGACGGUGCAUCUCUUCAAACUACGGCAAUAAAACAACUCAUACUUGGCGUGCAGUUUGCCAAUAUAUAUGUUUGAAAUAAUGCGUGGCAGAUGUACUGCAGUAUUACGCAGCAUUUAAUCACUUGUUUUUAAGUCGCCAUGUGCACAAAAUGAAACACGUUGUUCAUGUGGUUGCUUUUCGCCCUGAAAGGGAACUAACUUUAAUAAACAAAGAAAGGUAUUUUUGUUCUGUGGUGUCGUCCAUGAAGAAUAAAUGAUAAAAAUCAUCAUGUCAAAAUCUCGUCAGAUUGACUUUUCAUUCAUUGAAUUAUUUGGCGAAAGAAGGAUGACAGUGAUUUUGAUCAUGCCACGCUGUGUGCCAACUGUGUUAACUAGCGGCCCUUUACGACGUGUUUUCAUGAAUGCAAAGACAUUCUGCUUGUUCUUAGUCAGAAACCACAUGUCUAAAGUUGCAUGACUGUACAUGGAAGUUGUUUUCCAGUCUGUGCUGUGAUGGGGGCACGAUGGGAGCAAAUGUUCUCCUCCUCAGGGAACACCAGGAAGGAUCUGGAGGUCUCCAUCAGAUGUUUCUAGCAGAGAUAAUAAACAGUGCAGCGCUGACCCUCAGCAUGCGUGUAAUCACCCAGAGCAGCGCCCAGGCCGAUGGAGGAGAUCUCUCAGCGUCUCAGUGACUUUCGUUGAAACGUUUGUGACCGC